AAAAGACGCGAAUUGGUGGGAAAUAUAAGUGAAAAACGCGUUUGGCUUGGAAAAUGUUUAUAAAAUGUCCGCACGCUGUCGUACCUGUGGCAAAAUAAUUUAUUGUUUGAACGCAAAUAAUUUGUUUGAACAACCCGACAACAUCAUGUUACAUCAAAUAGAAGCAUUGACAGGUCUCUUUCUGCUAGAGGAAACGGAUUUUCCAGCACAUAUUUGCGGACCUUGUGAAGUUGCGUUGCGUGAAGCAAUUGUAUUUCGAGAACGCAUUAUAAGGACACAACAGCUGCUUAUAAAUAGCGAAAGCGUGGCUGAAGCGCUUCAGGAAAUAGACAUGGAUGAAGUGGACAAUCUCAAUUUGGAAGAGGAAGAAGAUAAACAGCCGGAACAAUCCGUCUCUUAUGAGGAAAUCACAGUGUAUGACUAUAGGGAGGAUCAGAAUGAAUCUGAUACCUUGGAGCAUUUAGAUGAAGUAACUGAAGACUUCGAAAUGGAUGAGCAAUCGACACGGCAUGUUCGCGAAACAGAAGAGACUGAAACAGUUUCUGAGCAGCCUACAGAUGCUGAGCAACCUACAGAUGCUGAACAGCCUACAGAUGCUGAACAGCCAAAUUCCUUGCCCAACAUUGAACGCCAUGCAGGCAAACCUGCUUCCAAACUUUAUGCUCCAGUCAAUUUCGCUAUCAAUGCCGCAAACACACCGCGGAUUAACUGGAGCAAGCUCUCGGAGGAUGAGAUAGUGGAGCUGAAGCGGGAACGUCGCAAGCGCGACUGCAUCUGUGAGCAGUGUGGCAGACACUUUACCUGUCCCAGCAAUUUCAAGGUGCAUCUGUUGCGGCACACAGGAGUGAAGAACUUUGCUUGCAAGGAAUGCCCCUUAAAGUUCUAUACGCCGCAUUUGUUGCGUCGCCACAUGCUGGCCCAUCUCUGCGAGAAACCGUAUCCUUGUCAGUACUGCGGCCAAACAUUUGCCGAUCACAGCGGUCGUAUUCAGCAUGAACGCAAUCGCCACACAAAUUACAAGCCAUAUAAGUGCACCACGUGUGAUAAAGCUUUUGCCGUGAGCAACAAGUUAAAGACACAUAUGCUCAGCCAUUCGGGAGUUCGUAGUUUUCACUGCGAAGUUUGCAAAGUAUCCUUCAUGCGACGUCCUCACUUAGCUGCCCACUACCGUUCCAAAGGACAUGAGCAGAAUGCACAAAACUUUGUGGCUGAGACAAAUAAUGCUGAAAUUGACAUAGGAAAUGUACUUGCGUAGAAUAUCUAGAUUAUAAAAUAGAUAAUAUUUUGUUAAGCUUAGACCAGAUAAUAAUUAACAAUAAAAUUUGUUUAAGAAUUUGAAACAUAGUUUUGGUGUUUUUAUAUGUUUCGAAGUGAGUGGAAUUUAUCGUUGUGUAAAUAUUUUGAUAAAAAC